AUGUAAAGUUAACACAGUAAUCAAUUACUGCAGAAAAAAGCAGUUGAAUCAGCAGCCAUUAAAUACAAACAUCUAUAGCAAUAAAACACUAGCAGUAAUCAUCCCUAUGAAAUAAUAAAUCAUGGCUAAUUCAAGGAGGUCCACAAUUAGUUAGAUUUUAACCAACCAGAUAUACAAUUAAAAAAUGGAGGACAUACAAGAAUCGUUGAUAAUUCCCACUAAGUGAUGUAAAAUAGCCACACUCAUUAAUAGCAUUACGGAUUUAUGGAUAAUAAAAAUGCCAGCCAUUCAAACAAUCUUUCGAAUUAGCAAAGAUAGAAUAUAUUUUCAUAAGGCAGCAGUAGUGGAUCAAGUAAACACACACCAGUCACAAAUCAGAACAGAAUACAAAAGGGAGUUCAUGAUAGUAUAAGAGAUCCCACUAAGCAUAUUAAUAACCAGGUUUAACUUCAACAUAGAUUAAAUAGUGGUAGCUAAGCCAAAAAACUAGAUUCAAGGGCAAAUGAGUUGAAAAUUAGUGAUUCCUAAGUAGAGAUAAAAAGAUUGAAUGAAGUAAUUGAUGAGCAGCAAAGAAAAAUAGAGAAAUUAUAGAAGGAAAAUCAAAGACUCAGGUUAUAUGAGAUUAAGUAUAAGCAGCUUAAAAAUGAAGUUUAAGUGGGAAAGCUUUAAAGUUAACAACAGAAUGUUCCUUCAACUAUCAUUGAAAGAGGAGGACAUACUAAUAUCACUGAUGUAUCAAGUAAGUAAGUACCAAGUAAGGCUGCAGUUAAUCAUGCAGCAGUUAAACCUAAAAGUAAUUUUGAAGCUGAGAGAAAUCUGUUUAAGCAAAAGAUAACUUAAAAGAAAGAAAAGGAAGAGAACAAAACCGGAGGGCAACAUUGCAUGGAUGAUAUGAUUGCACUUUAACUAUAAGAAGAAGAAAAAUAAAGGGCAGAAAGGGAGGAAAGAAAAUAGAAAAGACAUCAAGAGUACAUUCGCCAAAUGAUGUCACAAAACAUGGAUGAAAACAUGAGUGAACAGUGGGAUUUGCAAAGAGCAAUCGAGGAGAGUAAGUUGAGUAACCCUAAUCCUGAUUAAAUGACUUAUGAAGAGAUGUUAGCACUAGGUGAGACGCUUGGAAAAGUUACAAAAGGUUUUACUUAGCAGCAGAUUGAUCAAAUUCCUAGAUCAAAAAUUUAGAAUAAUCAUGAUGAGAUGGGAAAUCCCAUUAACUGCCCAAUAUGUUUUGAUUAGUAUUAGGUUGGUGAUUUGGUUAAGGAAAUGAACUGCUUGCACAACUAUCAUCAUCACUGUAUAGAUAAAUGGCUGCUUGAUGAGAAGAGAUGCCCUGUCUGCAAUUCAGAAAUAGUGCUUUGA